GCAGUGGAAUCCAGAACGCGCGUUUCGUUCUAUUUGGGACUUGUCAGCUGGAUGUACCUGCAUCUGAGAGUUGAUGUUCGCUCUAGGACUCAAACCCAGUACCGCUCGCUUCAAACGCUAUUGCGUUAUCCACUUAGCUAUUGAGUCCCGACAGUCAUCUUUGUUUAUAAUGCUUGUGAAUUGAGGCAGUAUUGAGGCAAUACACACAGUAUGCAUAUACGCCAAUGAGAUACUAAUCAAUUUCAGUUACAUUUUUUAUCGCCUAUUAUAUUCUCCUUACGUAUCAUAGAGAUAGUGUCACAGCAAAUUUUAGUUCUAUACUGUUCCAAUGAAUAAAUAGGCAAAUAAAUGUUUGGACAGGAGGCAAAUAUAUGAGAAAGCACCCAAACCAGUAGAUUAUUUGCAAUAUAAUAAACUUGUAUAGAUCAAAUGUCCACAUUUUCUGUUAUAAUCGAUAAAUUUUGGGUUUAUAAUUAGCAUGUACUUUAUAAAAAGACGGAUAAAUAAAUGCGUGUGAUACAUUUGAUGAAGUGUAAAAAGGCCAUAUUCUAAUUUGUGAUUGAAUUUAACUUUUGAUCAUAUUAUUUACAGUUUAAUAGAAACUAAGUAAAAAUAUUGUGCUUCAUUUUGUUUUUUAACUUCACAUUGUAAAUAUUUUCUCCGCUUUUUAUCUCGAUAUCCAUUUUAAUUACAUUUUCCGUGUAAAUAAUAAAACCCCAGAAGAUUCUUUAAUAUAUUUGAACUAUGGCUAGUAUUGAAUUCCAGGAAGCGCAUAUCUUGUCUUCUUUGGGACUCGUCAGCUGAAUACUUUUUCAGUCUCAGUUAAUUCAUCAUAUAACGUAAUCCUUGGCCAGUGUCGUCAUCACCAGUCGUAAUUUCUAAACAGAACAUUGAGAGAUUCUUUUAAAAACCAGUUACUAGAGAUAACACAGUUUUUUUUGGGCAAUUCUAGAAACUGCUGUAUUUCCGACUCAUAUUCAAGUACAUUAGAAUUUAAAAUUUCAUACAUAAAGAACAAGUCAAAAUAUUAUGUCUUCAUGAAGAAAUUAAAACACGGUGAUUUAAUCAAUUCUAAACAGUCAUUGCAUGAAUCAAGAAAGGAUCAUGUAAAUAAAUUGGAUUUUAUAAAUCGAAAUUUCCAAUCUACCUCAAAUCUUAGUAGACAAAUCAGUAGGAGUAAUAGUAACAGGAGAACAAAGUGUGCUCAUCGUGAAAGUUCUGUUUCAUCUAAAAAUAUGUACAAAUUAGACCAGUCAUAUUUGAAGUCAUCUCUAAAGAAAAAUAUUGAUAGUUCAUCGCUAACAGACAACAUUUUUACAGUCAAUAUUAGGCAGCAAAACUUGUCAAAAUCAUUUGAUUAUUCACGUCGCAUUAUUUUGCCUUUUUCUGAAAGUUUAACAGAUAAUAACUAUGAAUUUAUUGAUUCCACUGAAUCUUCAAUUCGUUCCAACGGAUGUUCAGUUGAGAACUCAUGGUCAAAUUUAUGGCGUAGUGGCCUUCCAGAGCAAAAGUUAACUGUAUGGUUACCUAGACGGUAUACUGAACAAGAUUAUGAACAUCUUCAGUGUAGAUUGAACAAAGCUUCGAGUAGCAUAAAACUACAUAAAAUUAGUUUUCCUGAUGUAAAUUUCUUAGAACUGGAUAGUAGUUUGACACUGAAGACAAUCCAAAAGCUCUCACCACAGGUGAAUACGACAUCCAACAGUUAUUGGGCGUUGAACACUCAUUGUACUGGUCACAAUACCAUUACCGCUAUUAAUAACAAUAAUAAAAGUAGCACAAAUAGUUCCAGACUUUCUAAUAAUCUUCAUAAAAUUGAAAAUGUACAUCUGAUGCAACCUGAUAAUUCAAAUAAAUUAACCAUAAUGGGGAAUUCUUAUCUUGUUAACAGACCUCCAGAUAUUAAAGAAAAAACUUUGGCACAACUGUCUCUUAUUAGAAAAGAAGACAACUGCAAAACAUCAAUUGAUUCUGGUAAGUUAGACUAUAAAGACAAGUUUAAAUCAAAAGUGUAUCCCACUUUGGCAUAUGACUAGAGAUAGCUGAAUGAAACCAUAGUUUACGUCAAACUCUAUAUCCGUUCACAGUUUUAAUGAGUCCAUAAUAUCUUACCAUAUAUAAAACGAACUAGCGUGUUUUUAUAAUCGAUCGAUAUACUCUCAGACUAUCCACAUUCUUGACUCAACAACAACAUUAUGUCAUCAAUCAAAGUUCUACCAAUGCAUUUAUUGCUUAUAUCGUAGGAGAUCAAAAUUCGCUCUAUGUAUGUUAAAUUGUAUUUCAUUCAUGUUUCGGAAACAACAUGGAACUAAGUUAACCGAAAAUUUAAUCGAUAUUCAAAAGAUUAGGAACGCUGUUUGGAUGACCGGAAAAAUAAGACAAAGACAGCUCAUGUUUAUGUACAUUGCUCUCACCUUUUAGAUUGAUACAGUGUAUCUUUGAUUAAAUCUGGACAAUAAUAAGCUCUUCGGAAAAUUUUCAUUGUGGGAAGUUGUGGCGAUUGUUGAAUUUCAUAACUUUAAAUGACGAACUGACUUCAGUUAGAGAAAUACUGAAAACCUAGAAGCACUGGUCAGCUGUUUUGUCCUGAUUUUCGACACUUUUAAAACAGAAAUCUUUUUUUCAUAAGAGAAUAUUCCUUGAAAAUUGUUUUCUUUGAAGAAACCAAUCAGUUCAAAAGUUUCAAAAAAUUUUAGAAGCCUCUGUAAUACAAUCUAUGAAGUUUCAUGAAACAAUGAAUAGGAAAGACAGAAACAUGAUCAUGACAACUACAAUUCCCCUGAUGGAUCAGACGUUUUAAUGUAAUUCUAUUUUAACCAGUGCACAAAUAUCAGACAUCAAGUCACUUCCCAGUAACUUUGAGACAAACUAAAUUUCCAUGAUAAAAUAAAUUGGUUUGAUUAUGCUCAAGAUCGAACAUAUUCUGAUUCAAAUCUACAUUUAACUCGAGAUUGUGGAUAUUUAUCAAACUACGACAGACUGUUAGUUGCCUAAGGCUUAUUUGUUCGAUAUGUAUAAAACAUCAAACGCUAUUUUGUAUCUAUUUAACGUUACUUUUAAUGCAAUAAACAAGAAGUAAUAAUACGCUGCCAGCAUUGGAUACAUCUUGCCUUCCCGGUUAAUGCUUGCUCAGGAUAACACGGAUGCUAAAGUUAUUUACAUUAUUCUUUAUUUUCAUAACAAGUAACACUACUAGAAAUUAUGUUUUUGAAAAUAAAUGAGCUAUAAUUUUGAUACGAUAAAAAAAUUAACUUGCUAGGAAGUUAUAAUUAUGUUCGUUUGAACUAUUGAAAUUAUAUUAUACAAAUUUAGUUAACUAACCUGAAAUAUUAUUGGACUGAGUCAUGC